GAAAAAAAAAAUUCAUCAUAUUCAAAACGAUUUUUCUUUUUCAUAUAUAAAAUAGAGCAAAAGAUAUAAAUUUUUCGUUCACAUCGAAAGCUGUGGUAAAAAAUUUUCACAAAAUUCUUUUGCAUUGGCUAAAAUUUUGUUAAAACCGAUUAACACAAAAACAAACAAACGACGGUGGUAAUUCGGGAUUUCGAAUCGAAUGUGCUAUGGCCAAUCAAAAUGGGCAAUUAAUUUUGCAAGCGUUGCAAACGCUGGAGGAGCCCGCAACGGUUAUGAAAAUCGUAACACAUAUCGCCGACACAGCUGGCGUUCAUCCCAAUGACGUCAAAGAAUCGGUGCAAGAGACGUUAAAUGGAGGCGUACGUUAUGGCUACAUACAACGCGCCAAUCGUAAAUAUUAUGCGGCACCUGUUGACUUGGACACUAUUGCCGGAGGGGAGGGCAGUGAUCCGGAAGUGGAAACUAACAAGGAUGAUAUAAAGGAAACUGGCGAAAUGGAGGAUCGUGGCGGUAGGCGGCGCAGAAGACGGGCAAGUCGUAGUCGCAGUCGGAGCCGACGCGGCUCCCGACGUCGACGUCGUCGUUAAACCAUUUUUGACAAAGAAAAAAAGGUAAAAAAAAAUAAUCAAUGAAUUAUUUGAAAUUAUGUAUUUUGAUGUGUCUCGCCACUCUAUGUAAGAUUGUCUACGGUGUUUCUAUAUCUACGUAUAUUUUGAGAAAAUUAUAAUAAUGUUAAAAAAAACUUCACAUAUUUUUCUGAUAAAACUCGAAUAAAUAUAGAGAAAAAUAAACGU